AUGUCCGCGCGCGUCAUGGAUGCCGCUCUUGACGCCAUCACGCCCCUGCUAGCAGACCGGCCAGAUGGCACUCCCGGGCACAUCUGGCUGCUCAGCUGGAGCAUGAUCGUGUCGGGAGUGGCCGCCUUCUUCUACCUCCUCUACGGCCCGUCCGCCACCGCGCCCUACGGCAGGUACCACCGCGGCGGCUGGGGCUUCGCCAUGAACGCGAAGCUCGCCUGGGUCCUCCAGGAGGUCCCGUCCUUCCUCGUCCCCCUCCUCAUGUCGGUCCACGCCGUCGCCACGUGGCGCGCAGGCGCGGGCGACACCCCCGCGUUCCUCCGCGGCGGCGCCGACACCGCGCUGUACGCGGCGUUCAUGGCCCACUACUUCCAGCGCUCCCUCGUGUUCCCGUUCUUCAUCCGUGGCGGCAAGCCCACCCCGUUUUGGAUCUUCGUGAUGUCCUUCGUGUUCUGCAUCUGGAACGGGUACAUCCAGGGGUGGCUGCUGACGGUCCGCGGCGCCGCGGACGGCACCGGCGAGUGGAGCGCCCAGGCCGCGGCGGGCCUCGCUGUGUGGGCCGUGGGGUGCCUCACCAACCUGCACGCCGACCACGUGCUGCGAACGCUGCGGAAGCCCGGGGAGACCGGGUACAAGAUUCCGUACGGCGGCGCGUUCCGGUUCGUGACGGCGGCGAACUACUUCGGCGAGAACGUGGAGUGGCUCGGGUACGCGGCGGCGACGGGGUUCGCGCUCCCCGCGGUGGCGUUCAGCAGCUUCACAUUCUUCAAUCUGGCUCCGCGAGCGCACGAACACCACAAAUGGUACAAACGCAAGUUCGACGACUACCCCACCAACCGCUGGGCCAUCGUGCCGCUGCUGUGGUAA